AUGGAAAAGUGGAAGAAACGCUUGAAGAAGACUUUGUCCAUAUCUAAGAGCUCGUCAAGCUCUUCCAGUUCAUCUUCAGAAUCGGACAGCGAAGAUGUCAAUGAACCGACCGCUUUGGAGGCUGCAUCCCUCCAGGAAAAGGCGUAAGAAUUUUUUUGCUUAACAUUCAAAUCCUACCGUUUUUUGUAGGGUUUAUUGCAGUGUGCUUGUGUAUCGUUUCAUAGGCCUUCUGAAAGACCCUGGAGCAUUACGCACUCCGAUAUUGAAAUCAAACGGAAAUCUUCAAUUGAGAGGUAUUGAAACAGUCCUAUUUAAAAUGGCGAAAUAUUAUUAUUGUUAUGGUUAGAGUUUGCCCUUUAGCUUCUUCACCUUCUUCUUUUAUUUCUGGGAAUGCUGUGUGAAUAAUAUGCUAUUCCUCCUGAGGGGAUUAUAACUGACUUUCCAAGAAAAAGUUCAAUUUAAGUGAUAGAAUAUCUCGGAAUUUUGACUUAGCAUGCUCGCCAUUUACACAAACCACCCGGGUAGAAAUCUUUUGCAUAAAAAUUAAACUAUAAAGUUUGACGUGGUGGAAGAACUGAGAACGAUCCGUUACAAAGUAUAUCCAAAUCAGCUUAACAGACUAAAAAUAGUAUAAAAUUGCAUCGCCUCGAAUCACGACCCAUAUUUUCUGAAGCUUCCUGAACGGAACGGCGCGAACCAUUUGAAUUUCCGUUGUUUCCAUGUAAAUGGUAAGUACCCUUAGUGUUUCCAUGUUCUUCCAUAAUUUGGUUCCUUCGCAGGUACUGAUGCAUGGAUUACUUACAGCAAAAGAAACAAUACAACCAAACAAUAAAGCCUCUCUAUUGUUUGGUCCCUUUGUUUCUUUUGUGAUGACAGUACCUGCAGAAAGACCCCAUAAUUUGCCAUUUGUAAGAGACAAACAUAUAAAAUCCUUCCACUUCAUGUUCUUUUACUAAGUUCAACCAGAAGUAAACCUCCUGUUGCUUCAAGACAAAAGGUGAGGAACCGUGAUGGUGCAAGCAGUUUUGCUGAUGAGACAAUCGCAAGGACAGAAGUAGUACGCCCCCCUUGGCAAAUGCUGAAGACAAACGACGCUCUUCCUCCCAGAGCACUGACUGUUACCUCAGUAACUCAGUCUCAUGACCUGCAGGUAAUAAACUGAGCUGCGAAGCUUUAGUUGGAAAUAAGGUAUGAUUUCCAUAUAUCCCUGAAGUAAGUGUACAUUUAUUAUGCAUGUAUGUUUCGACUGUAUUCAUAUUAACGUUUUUAAGAAAAAGUGUGAAAUGGCUGCAUGCAUAAUAAAUUUACGGGGUUUAUAUGGAAAUCUUACUGGAUAUAACAAUAAAAUUAAAAUCACCUGGUGCCUUGAGAUUAAUUGGAUAAGUGCUGGUCUGCCAGCUGGUCUCCAGGCUAAAGGUUCAAACCCUGGUUGGACCAACACUCAGGCGGUCUUCAAAUAACUGAGGAGCUAUCUUUGUGCAGUGGAACCCUGAUAUAAUGAACCACUAUUAUUACAAAAUCCUUGGUAUAAUGCUCAAUUUUUUUUAAUCCAGUAUAAAUAGUGUAAUAGUAAAAAUAUAAAAAAGAACCUCAAAAUAACAAAACCUUGUUAUAGGAACAAAUUUUACCGGUCCCUUAGGCCUUCGUUAUAGCAGGGUUCCACUGUAAUGACAUCUACAAAUGGGUAGACUUUCUAGUCUUCUUGGAUAAGGACAAGAAAAGAUUAAGUUUUAUGGGAUAUUAAUUAAAGAACCUACACACUGUGUGGUGGUCCAUCUUGAAGUCACCUCCAUAUUAGGGAGCAAUUAAAAUGAUCACCUUUUGUAGUAAUGCAAAUUCAAAUUGUACUACCGAUGAAACCUUUCAUGUUUGCUUUAAUGCAAUAAAAUGUUAUAAAUAUGAAAUGUUCUGCAAAUCAAAUAAUAAAUUAAUGAUGGAUGUUUUUAUCUUUGAUCUAACUACUGCUUUUGUUUAGUUGUGAAAAGUGUUUUGUGGACUAAUAUUCAGUGACCCCCAGCUGCUGAUAUAAUUAGGAAAAUAUAAUUUUUUAUAAGUAUGCAUUAAAAAAAUAUUUUGCAGUUUUAUGACAAUUAUAUUGAUUAGGAAUAUGGAUGUAUUUAAAACUAUCUAUUAGUGUCUGCUAGAUUGUAUUUUAAACAGCACUAGAAGCCCCAAACUAAUUUUCAUGAUUAACUCAUUAAUAAAUUAUUGUAAUUGUCACCUGCUCAUCAUAAUGUAUCCAGGUUACCAAGAAGUAGAAGUUGCUUUAAUUUUAAAUGUGUAUACGCCAAGGCUUAUGUGUUGGUUUAUAUUAGAGCCUAUACCUCCUGUAUUCUGUAUUAAUGAAAAGGAAAUCAGUGAAUAUUGGAAAGAUAUUUUUUUGAAAAUCUUGGCAAAUAUGGUAGAAGAAAAGUAUUUAUCAAAUGUUUCUUUGAGUGAAGGCUUGAAUGAAGAUUGUGAGGUAAAUUAUUGAACAUACAGUAUUUUAAAUCUUUUUACUGACUAUAUUCCAUCAUAUUUUUGUGAAAGGAUGCAUAUAGUUAACAAGUUUUACCUCUUUUAGCUUACUGGCUUAUAGCCAGAAAGGUUUAUGCUAUCGUCGGCAUUACAAUAAAUGAUGAUAAGGUCAUUUCUAUUGUUCUGAUACUUGCAGUAAUGCAUGACCUUUGGAACCGAAGGGACUGGGUUCAAUACCUUCUAUCUCCCUUUUUUUUACUCUGUCUUAAAAAACAUUGUUAUGACAAAGAGGAAUUUGAUAAUGAUUGUUCUUAGGGCUUUUUAAAAAGUUUAUACGAGAUGCUAUGGUAAAAUCCAACUAGUGGUCUAUUAUCAAUGUUGUGUUCUGAUUGGUUUAGCUACUACUAGGCUAUAUGUUAUAGCCCACUAGUAGCGAAAAGCGGCGGCUUUGAAAACCAAAGCAAUGAUGGCUGAAUCGCAUUUUUCCAGCUAAAGUUGUUUUGUCUCGAUAUUUUUACCAACUAGUUGGAUUUUACUAAAACAAUAAUUGUUUUAGUAAAAUCCAACUAUUCCUCCUCCUUUGGCCUCAUGGGCUAUUGACUCAGACCCCAUUCGGGUUCGAGGAACAAUUGUUAAUUAUGCUACAUUACUUAAAAACGUAAGGUGUUUCUGUUCAUGAGGAAUAUUAAUGGUCUUUCAAAUAUGAUAUUACAGGGAAAGUACUUGUUUUGACUUGUGGUGUUGGUUUAGUUAAAUUAAUUUCUUUGCUUUUUCUAUCCAUUCGUAAUUGCUUUUUGGUUUGAUUGAGUUUUACUGGUCAUAAUAUUUUUUUAAUUGUUGGUAGUAGUGAACAUUGAAAAUCACAAUGUGUUACAAUUAUGAUGUAAAAUAGUGUGAUUUAAAUUGACAUUGACAGAAAUUAAGAUGCAAAAAAAAAUCAUGUUAAUAGUAGAAUAUUUAAUGAUAAUGAACAAAUUAUUUUUCAGGCUGUUAUUGGGCUUGAAGCUGCACAUGCCGAAGGUCAGUCAUCAUCUGAUUGGCUGGGAACCCAUAGUGUUAAGGCUGGAGGUCUUUCAUUUGAGGAGAUUAUGAAAUGUGGAAUUCCCAUCAAGUAAGUACUGCAUAGAUUUCUAAAACAAAUUAUAAUAAUCGAUAUUUUUUGCCAGCAUCCUUAGGCCAAUAUGUAAAAGUUAGCAGUUUGUUGUUGUAUUGUUAACUUAGCAGAUUGCAUGUGCCAGUGCUUGUAUUGCACUAGUUCAAUGGCUCUAUGCUCACGUUUUCAUGCUUCUGGCUACUUUAAAAGCAUUUUAAAAGUCUAUAUUAUAUUUUGUACAAUAUUUACUAAUUAAUAUACUAGUGACUGAUUCUGAAAGGGAUUUGCUUUCAAAUAAUUAAUUUAAAGUACAUGUCAUUUCAUAACAGAAUGAGAAGGUUAUAAUUUCUUUUUUUAAAAUAUUAAUAUUAUGAAUUUUUUGUCUUGGUUGUAAUUAUUUUUGCAGUUAGAUGUAAAGGGGUACAAAUCAUUUUGUUUUUAUUUGUUUUUAUUUUAUUAUUAGACCUCCAUCUGGUGAAGAUCCCAGUAAACCUCACAUGAAAUAUGAUGCAGUAAAACUACAGGAUUAUGAAUUUAAGGUCACUAAGUAA